AUGAAUAUUUUAACAGUGAUAUCAUAUUUUUGUGUGUGUAUAAUUUUUGAAGUAAAAUAUGUUUCAUUAGAAGGAGGAAUUUUCAGUAGUCGUGUGUUAAAUCCAUUUCAAUAUAAAAACGAGAAAAAACACAUUAUGAAGUAUGUUCAAUCUUUAUCUUAUAUAUAUAAUGAACUUAAAUAUAACAUAGAAGAAUUAGAACAUACUUAUAAUAAUUUUUUGGAAGCAUUAAGAUCAUCUGAUAAAACAGAACAACGUAUAGUUAAUAUGAAUGCAAAAAAAACAAAUAAAUUUAUAAGAGAAAUGGAAAAUCUAAAAAAAAAAUAUGAAAAAUUUAAAGAUAGAAUUGAAGAUAGUUUAAAUGAAAAAAAAAAUAAAUUUGAUAAAAAUUUAAAAAAUACUAUUAAGGGAUUUUUUAAUCCAUCUGUUAGAGAAUUACAAGGGAUUAAUAAAUUUAUAAGAUACAUUAAUUUAAAUGCAAAAAACUUAAAUAAAAUUAUUUCUGGUAUUUUUUCUAAAGCAAUUAGUAUAAGUGAUGUGUAUGAACAAAAUGUAAAUGAAAUAUUUGAAAUAGGUAAAGAAUAUUACAAAAUGAAUUUAAAAAUAUUAAAUGAUUUUAUGUUAUCAGAGUACAAUGAAUAUAAUGAAAAUUUGAAAUUAAUAUCAAAUGAAAAACAUUUGAAUGAUAUUUCAGAUAUAUUUUUUAUGGAAGUCUUAAAAGAUUAUCUAUUAAAUUCUAAAAAUAAAAUUAAUAUGAUAGAUUUAUCCAAUUUUUUAAAAAAUUAUUCUUUUUUAGAGAUAUCCUAUUUUUUUAAUACAUUUUUAAAAAACUAUCAUAAAUCAUUUAUCAUAUAUGUAAUUAAUAGAGUAGAGUUGAACUCCUAUGAUAAUUAUAUGAUUUUCAUAGAAUCAAAUAAGGUAUUAGACAUUGUAAAUUUUGUAAAAAAAAAUUAUAAUCAUUUAAAUAUUGAUUAUAUAGUUAUCAAUAUUUAUAAUAUAUAUAUAUCGGCAUUUGUAAGUGCGAAUGGAAUACUAUAUCAUAUAAAUUACGAAGAUUAUUUUAAUACCGGAUCAUUAAUUUUAUAUAAUGCUCAUAAUUAUGGAUAUUUUUUUACAAAUCAGAAAAUAAAUAGUAAUAAAUUCAAAUCAGAUGAUGAAUAUUUGUUUGUUUUAUAUUUAGGAAAUCGUAAAAUAGAAGAUAAUUUUUUAAUAUAUAAUAGAGAGGAUAUGAUAAAAUUUAAAAAAGUAAAUACUCUAAAACUUUUAGAAAACAAAAAAUUUAAUUCAUACAAUCCAUUUUUAAAUAUUUAUUUAUUAAAAUUGGAAUCAGAAUAUAAUUUUUACAAACAAUUCUUUAAUGAUAAAUUUGAAUAUAUUCAUAAAUUUUCAGUUUAUAAUUGUAAUAUUACGUUAGCACAAGGAUUAUUAAAUAAAUUAGAUAUUCCUAAUGAUAAGUUUACACCACAUUUUAAAGACAUUUAUAUACUUAUAAUAAUUUAUCCAGGUCCAUAUUUAGAAAAACUAUGCAAUUAUUUUACUAGUUUUUUAUUCAGAGAAUCAAUAUCUAUUUUGAAAAAGGAAGAAUCUAACGUACUUGAAAUUUAUUUUGAUCAUAAUGUAGCAACCUUUUUAGUUAACAAUACAAGUAUAAAUUAUUAUAUAAAUGUAAAUAAAGAAAGACAUUUAAAUUCUUUUUCAAAUAACAUAACAACAAUUUCCAAUUGUUUAAAAUUUUAUUUACAUAGAAACUAUAAUGAAUACUUUGACCAUUUACAAAUAAUUUAUUAUAUAGUCUCAGACUAA